AUGAGGACAUGCUUGACAUUCCUUCAGCUUGAAGCGCUGCGUGAGGCGGCUUCCAAAGUGGAUGAUAUCAAUAACAUGUUUCAAAUCAUUCGGAACGUUAACCUCUUCUCGAAGCUGGAUGAGGCGACGCAAAAAUCCUUGUGUGGGAGCCUCACGUACGAAGCAUAUGCUCCAAAGCAAGUAGUCUUCCACUACCGAGACUAUGGAGACAAGUAUUAUCUCAUUCUUACAGGCAGAGUCUCUGUCCAGGUGCCCGUGACACCGAACAGCGACACAUUCCAGCAGGUGGCUAUUCUCGAGUCGGGGAGCGGGUUCGGCGAAAUGGCCCUUAUGGAAAACAAGCCGCGUGCUGCGACUGUUGUGUGUCUGGAGGCUACCGGGACACUGGGAUGUGCCGACAUGGACGUCAAGGCACUCGCAGAGAAGCUCAAAGAGCACAACUACCCAGGUCCACAGAUCAUUUUGCGACAAGGCGAGGAGGCCAACCAAGUCAUCCUCGUCGAGUCAGGGACGGUUCUGGCGCUGAGGUCACUAAAAGUGGACGCGAAGAAGAAUCUCAUCACGAAGAAGCGCGAGAAGAGGUCGUCGCAAAUACUUGAUGGAGAAAAAACUGCUUGCGUCGCAGAACGCGGAAAUGUCUACGGCGUGACUCUCGUUGCCUUCCCUGCUGCGCAGGUGUUCAGCAUCGACAAAAGGCAAUUCUUGAAGAGCCUUACAGAAGAAAUGAAGAGGUCUAUAGACUUAGCAAGCGGCCCCCUACCAGAUGACAGCGAGCUUCUGCAUCAGUACCUGCAGGCAGUGAAAUGGGAUGCGUACAAGCGGAGUCUCUUUGAUGAGAUACGACUGCGGCAUAGGUGA